UCACGCGUGAGUUUCACACACACGCACAUCACGCGUGAGCGAGUCUCAGGUUGUUAGUUGUAGCUUCCUACUACAACGAGCGAGAUCCCAGGUUUGAGCUCCACGGCUGAUAUCCAUCGAUAUUUCCUAUCGGGAACACAGAGGAAUUCAGCUUGCUUCUGCUGGCAAAAUACCUGUUUACCAUGUCCAUUUGGCUCGCAGUCAUACUUCUUACUGUGCCAUUGCCGUAUGAAGGAAAGCCUACAGGGGACUCGGAAGCCGACCGCCAAGUGUGCACAAGUGAAGUCUGCCACCGAAGAGCGAAAGCAAUUCUGAGCAGCAUCGCUCCGGAUGUAGACCCAUGUGAGGACUUCUACGAGUUUGUGUGCACAGGAUGGAAGGAGGAGCAUCCCACCCCCUCAUCGAACAACGUCGGCUUAAUAACUGGAAUUGAGGUCAUGCGCCAUCUUCGGGGCCUCCUUGAAAAUGAAGAUCUUGAAGGCACCAUCUUCCGCAAUGUUAGGGCGGCAUACAGAUCCUGCACGAACGAUGAUAUAUGGCAAGAAGAAGAGGUGUACGCAUUCCAGAACGUUCUGAAGUCAGCGGGCAUAUCAGGUUGGCCGUUGUGGCCGCCCACCGAGCAGGCAUCAGACUGGGAACACCUGUUCGCCUCGACGAGGGUAGGGCUUAACAUGGGCGACAUGAUGAAAAUCGAUGCAGUUUCACACCUUUUCUACUUCAUGGUGAUGAGGGAUCUGUUAUUCCCUAGGAAAUACGCGGCUUUUUUAGUUUUCGCUGAGGAGGAACUAGACGGAAUUGAAGUGCCCUGUUAUACAAGGAAGGAACACUCUGAGAAGAGGUGCCCUGAACAGAUGCCACCCUACCACAUGCUCUCUGGCACAACCAAGGACAGUGUUAAAGCUGCUAUAGAGAUCCUCAACGGCACCAUCUCCGAACAGGACGCAGAGGCGGCAGCUGAAGAUAUCAUUGCUUUCGAAGUCGGGCUGGCUGAGUUGUUCUUGUCCUUGGGAAAAUCAGAAAGCCAAAAGGAUUCUGUUCAGCUUGUGCAGGACGUGGAGUUACUGAAUGGCACGGUUGGAAUCGAGACCACUGAUGCCAUCAAGAGCAAAAUAACUGACUUCCAAGGCGGACUCGGUAAGAGCGGAGGUGGAUACAGGGAACACACUGCAAGCAUGUUAACAGGCUACCCCGGAGAUGUUCAACAUCAUGAGAAGCUACAACAGAAACUAUGGCAGAUGCUUGAGAAGGGAAGUCUUACACGGGUAUCCAUCAAAGAUCUACAAGAGGCUCUACCACAGGUUCAAUGGUCGCAUUUCCUGAACAACAUAUUCAGUAAGGCAAAUAUCACUAUAGCUGAUGACGAACACAUAUUUUACGUUGCUGUUCAUAAAUUCGAAAGACUCCUGGAGUAUCUUGCGUCAUAUGAAAGGAGCACUAUCCAAAACUUCUUCGGGUGGAGGAUAGUUCAACACUUCGAGAAUUUUGUACCGCAGUCACUGAGACGAAAACGCGACAACAUACAGAGAUGGUUCAAAUGCACCAUGGACCUUUCUUUUCAAGCUUCAGUGAUCUUGGGAAGGCUCUACGUAGAUCAUUUCUUCACAUUUCAAAGCAGAGAACAGCUGAGAACAGUCGUAGAAGACGUAAGAAGCGCGAUACGAAAAAUUGUCAAAGGCGCCUCUUGGCUCGACGACAGCACCAGAAAGAAGGCAUUGGAAAAGGUUGACAAGAUGGUGAUGAAGGUAGGCUACCUUGACUGGAUCAAAAACGACACGCGUUUACAGGAGCUGUACAAAGACAUUGGAUGGGUGGACCCGAAUACGCCGUACCCCAUGAUCCGUGCCCGAUACCUCAACAACAAAGGAGUAUAUCACCUGAAGAAUAUUCGUAGGGCUUACAACAGGGCUGAAAGGUACAUUUCUCCCAUGCUUCUGUAUAAUGCUGCCCACGUACACCUCGAAAAUUCAAUAGAGGUGACGCCGGCAAUUGCCAGUGGUUUGCUGUUCGAAGAAGGGCUGCCCCCGUCUGUAAAUUUCGGUUCCAUCGGAUUCGUUAUUGGUCAUGAAAUUACUCACGGCUUUGACGCUACAGGGAGGAUGUACGACGCCAUAGGAAGACACGCAAACUGGUGGAGCCCCGAAGCGGAUGUUGUGUACAAGAAGAAAGCUCAAUGCUUUAUUGACAUGUAUGACAAUAUAACUGACAGAGCAACAGGUAUCAAGCUGAAUGGACAAAAGACGUUAUCGGAGAAUAUCGCUGACAACGAAGGACUUCACGGCGCAUUUAAGGCAUAUCGCCAGAAGCUCGAAGACGAAGGAAAAGUGCAGGAUGACGCUCUCCCUGGCCUCGACAAUGUGUCUGGUGACCAGAUGUUCUUCAUUUCACAAGCCAUGGCUUGGUGCGGAAAUACCAACCGGGUGAUGCUCUCUGAACAGGUUAACACAGACGUACAUAGUCCGGACAAGUACAGGGUGAAUCCUCCACUUGCGAACAUGAAAGAGUUUGCGGACGCAUUUCAUUGCGAGAACAAUUCGCCAAUGGUUCAGAAGCACAAGUGUGCACUUUGGUAACAGUAUGUUCACCCAAUAAAACAUGGUCAGACACA